UUUAAAGUAAAAAAGAUGGCAGCUCAAGCAGUGAGCAACUUUCUACGAAAACUAAAAGCAUUUCCUAUGUAUAAAGUUGAUACUCGUAUAUCUGAAGAGCUUCGCGAUAUUGAGAAAGUAUUCAGUCUUUUGCUGCCUCAUGUACAGAAUGCUGAAUGGGAUGAAUUGAUUAAUCGUGAAAAGGAACAAGAGGGAAGAAAAUCAAAUGAUCGCGUUGAUAUAAGUGAAUUGAAUACCUGGCAUUGGUCAGUUGCAGUUUGUGCAGCUGAGGUUGAACAAAUAUUUAUCAUGUAUAACUUCCACAUGUAUAACUUGUUCAAUACUCCAACAUUCUACAUGAAGUUCUUGUAUUCGUGUCAUUUCAAGACGGAUUCAAAUAACGUGGCUGAUAAAAUAAGGAAUUGUUUGUCAAUUCUCUCUAGGUCCAUCAGAGCCUCACCAAUGAUUCAGGCCAUCUUCACUCUUGAUCAGACUUCUGUUGAGGAUUGUGUACUGUUGCUAAGUAAGGUAUCGGAAGUGCUUACCAGCCCCGAGAUGACAGAGUUGUUGCUGAAUCUGGAAAGGACAGUAUACCGUCAGCAUCAGCAAUGGUCACUUGGUAACUUACUUUCAAACAAUGGUUCAACAACUAGCCAAAUUCGAAUGAAUUUUGAAUCAGCACACAUGGAAGGCCAGGUGAAGGAUGCCAUAUUUCUUGAAUCAGCACACAUGAUAGAUCAGGCGAAGGAGGUGAAACUUUUUGGAGGAUGGUCAUAUGCAAAGGGGGAAGAAUUCCUUGCAAUUAACAGAUCCCAUCAGCAUCAGCUAGUUGCAGACAUGGUAGGCCGGGAGGAGGAGGUGAAACUUCUUGAAGGAUGGUUAUUGGCAAAGGAGGAAGAAUGUCCCGACAUUAUCACCAUAUCCGGGGAGGCAGGAAUUGGCAAAACAACUGUUGCAGAAGCUGUAUAUGAGCAAGGCCAAAAAGAUUUUGACUGUCAUGCUUGGGUCUUCGUGUCUAAAAAUGAUUCAACUAGGCGCGUCAUGCAAAACAUAUUGAAAGGAAUCCUGAAAAGCAUUUCAGUCAUGGCUCCAUACAAUAUAGACACAAUGGGAGAAAAGCCCUUGAAGAAGUUGAUCAACAGUUGGUUGAUUGGAAAGAAGUUCCUGCUGAUCUUGGACGAUAUUCCAUCAUGGGAAAUCGUUGAAGUUGUAACUAAUGUUAUGCCUAGAGGCCGAGAAAAAACAAGGAUACUUGUUACUUCUCGGGUAUCAAACGAGCUCAAUGAAUACAAGUUAUGCAAACUAAAGUCAGUUGAUUCAUACCACUUGCUCCACAAGCAUGCCUGCACCUCUGAGCGUGGCGAUGAAUUCUUUUCAUCUGUAGAUUCAGUAGCUAAGGAUAUUGUAAGACUAAGUUGUGGUCUCCCUCUUGCUAUUGUAACAGUUGGAAGGAUGCUCUCAACAAAGCACACGGCUGAAGAUUGGAUCAAAGUCCAUCAAAUGUUUUUGAGAGGGGCUUGCUUCAUGUCAUUAUGUUAUGCUGAUUUGAGCCCAGAACUCCAAAGCUGCUUCUUAUAUGCUGCCUCGUUCCCUUGUCAUUUUGAGAUCUCAUGUAAAAAGAUGAAGCGUCUGUGGAUAGCCGAGGACUUCGUGCAGCAUGAAGACAACAGAACUUUGGAGGAAUCAGCACAGGAUCAACUAGAUGAGCUCAUCCACAGGAACAUGAUUCAGGUAGUCAAGAGAAACAUAGAUGGAAGGGUCAAAACUUGUCGAAUCCUCAGAAGGAUGCGAAAAUUUGCUUUGAGACGAUCGGAAGGAGAUCAUUUUACUGUCAUCCUUCCAAGCUUAAAGCGUGCGUUCCCUGAGAGAUGUCAUCGUGCAUUUCUAUAUGGUGCCAGCUAUGAUGGUACUUCAACGAGUAAGUUCUCUCGAAAAGAUUUUAGCGGGCUGUACUCUUUUCUUGCACUUGAACUAAAUCAGCACCAAGCACCCCUUAAUUUAAAUGACUUCAGAUUGUUAUGUGUCUUGGAACUUCAAGGUUUUUGUCAUGAAUCAUUGCCUGAUGCCAUAGGAGAUCUAUCUUUACUGCGGUAUUUAGGAUUGAGGAGUGGUAAGAUUAAGAAACUACCAGUGUCUCUCAAGAAGUUACAGAGAUUACAAACUUUGGACAUUAGGGACACAGUUAUAAGGGACUUGCCUGAUGAUUUAGAAGGCUGGCAGAAGCUGAGACAUCUUCUUCUUGAAAGAUCAUUUACCGACAAGGUAGUGAAUCUUAGGGAUGGGAUUAUUGAAGCCUUUAUAGAUCUGCAAACGCUUGCUGGACUCAAAAUGACAGAAGCUAUAGCAAAAGGGCUAAUUAAUUUAAGAGGGAUAAGAAAAUUAUCGAUUGGUGCAGUACAAGGUUUACAUUUGCUUCCCUUGUUUAAGGCUGUCGAAAGGAUGGAAUUCCUCAGAUCCUUUACCAUGAAAGGUUCUUUUGAGGAUGAAAGUUACAAGUUUCCAUUCCCUCAACUGUACAGCCUGGAAAAGCUUUGUAUUGGUGGUCCUAUGAUGAAUAAUUUACUUGAUUGGGUUGGUAAGUUACACUAUGUUAAGAGUUUAUAUUUAUGGGACAGUAAGCUUACUAAAGAUCCUCUAAGGUCUCUCCAACAUCUGUCUAAUCUUAUGGUGCUAUCACUUUGCAAUUCAUAUGAUGGGAAAAACAUUGAGUUUGGACAUGAAGGCUUCCCCAAACUGAAGAAAUUAUCCAUUCUACAUUGUCAAAAUCUUAAAAGUUGGGAAGAGAUACCACAUGGCGCAAUGACAAAGCUUGAGACAUUGAAUUUUGGAUAUUGCCCUUCUCUUGUUGAGCUUCCAAAAGGGUUGGAUAAGCUAAAUUCUCUUUGUUCCAUAGAAGUCUCAAACAUGUCAUCUCAGUUCAUGCAAUAUGUUCAUGAAUUACAAUCAAUUUCCAGACUUUCAAUAUCUAUUCGAGGUACAGUACAAUAAAAUCCAAAGAGUAACAUGAAAACAGCACAAUGAAGCAAAGCAACCAGCUGAUCUGAACUUGUAUCAUUCCAUGUGCUUGAAAACUAUGAGUAUCAAAUGAAAGGAAAGCACAACAGGAAAUCGUCAAGAAGAUAUUAAGGACGGACAACUCCUAAAAUAUCAAAGCUGCAGCACUGAUUUGGAUAGAAGAUAUCAAAGUCAAUAAAAGACUUUGCCUUAUUCUUGGAAACAAGGAUCAAAUCUCUCGGGUUUCCUCAACACUAUAUAAAGACUGAAGAUAUAUACAUCUUGACUGAACCUUCCUACAAUCUGUGCUCUACUUGUAUUAAGCAUUGUUGUUCUGAGUGAAUUACUGUGUAAUCAAAAAGAGAAGAGAGAAACUUAGUUUGGUGAGGCGUUGUAUCAAAAAGAAGAAUAAGAAAAUAAUUGAGUGUAGACUAAGGUUCUAUUUGUGUAAGAUUACAAACCACCCUUGCAACCCAAGGGGACAGUAUAAAAUACACUUUCAAUAAAUACUCCUUUGG